GCGGGCGGUUGGUUGGGUGCACGGCAGGUGCGCGCGUGGAUAGAAGAUAGGGCCUGGCCCGCGGAAACACGCACCGCCAGUGAGCGAAGCCGGCCAUCCUGAGCGCAGAGCAGAGGGGAGUAGUAGCCAAGUGGAUAGGAGACGAUAACCUGCGCGACAGGGUCGCCGGCGUCGUGACUGGCUGGUCUUCUGCAGCGUUGCGCGUCGUCGCUCUGUACCUCCGCACAGAACCUGUCGCCAUGGCCGCCAUCUGCUCCGCUCAGGGAAUCGCUACCGCGGCCUGUGCGCCGGCCUCCACCAGCGCGCAGCGUGCCAACGCGUCAUCUAAUGUGACCGCCACGCGGGCAGCUUUCGUCUCCGGCCGUGCGCUCCGUCAGGUCAAGGCUGCUGCAGUGUCGACUGGGAGUUUCAAGGUCUCUGCGUCUGCGGAGGACAGGCCCCUCUGGUUCCCUGGCAGCACCCCCCCUGCUUGGCUAGAUGGAAGCCUGCCCGCCGACUUCGGCUUUGACCCUCUUGGGCUCGGGUCGGAGCCAGAGCUGUUGAAAUGGUUCGUUCAGUCGGAGAUCGUCCACUGCCGAUGGGCAAUGCUCGGCGCUGCGGGCAUUAUGAUCCCGGAGGCGCUGACCAAGGCGGGCAUCCUGAACACCCCACACUGGAACGUGGCUGGUGACGCGCAGUACUUCGCAGACCCCACCACCCUCUUCGUUGUAGAGCUUCUUUUCUUGGGCUGGGCUGAGGGCCGGAGAUGGGCUGAUAUCAUCAAGCCUGGCUCUGUCAACACGGACCCCAUCUUCAGCAACAACAAGCUCACCGGUACCGACGUCGGUUAUCCUGGUGGCCUGUGGUUCGACCCUCUCAACUUCGGCUCUGGAGAUCCCGCCAAGGUGAAGGUGUGGAGGACCAAGGAAAUCAAGAACGGGCGGCUGGCUAUGCUUGCGGUCCUUGGCUUCUGGUUCCAGUCGGUGUACACGGGACAGGGACCCAUUGAUAACUUGCUCGCUCACCUUGCUGACCCGGGACACAACACCGUCUUCUCGCCACUUUGCUCUUUCCUUCCCGACUCGGACUCUCUCUUGCUCCCGCUCUCUUCCCACAAUUCUUACUGCUCUCUCCUAGCCGUCUCCCUCUUGCUCCCUCUCUUUUCCGGCACUUCUUACCUUAACACCAGGUUUGCUUGGCUGCGGGCUUGGGAUGGACGUAGGAGCUAUAGAUGACAGCGACCAGCGCCGACCACUGCAUGCGGUGCACCCUGCAGGGCCUGGACUGCAUCGUGAUGGCUAUUUCAUCAACCUUGUAUUGCCACGUGAAUGAAUAUGUCAUUGACGAGUUCCGCUGAUUGUGGGAUGGUAAUAAGGCUGGUUCCGUUGACUUGUCAGAAGCUUUAAGGCCCCGUGCUUUGCGGAGAACCAACCACACUACACCAAGAAGAGAUCAUGUGUGAGAUGAGUUGUGCUGUAACUGAUGUUCCUUUUGCUAUUCCGUUCGCUACAAUUCCCUUUG